AUGGAGUGCGUUUCGCAUGACAGCCGAAGCACAAACGGCGCAAUAUGCAGCAAGGAGUUAACAAAUAGCAGUGGUAAUUCCAAGUCGAUCGAAAUGCAUGCAUAUAAAAAUAAAUUCGAAAAAAACCCGAACUAUGAGCAAAAUGGCCAAGCAGCAAUUAGGAUAAGUACCAGUCAGAAAAGCAGAAAAAAUGGGCGCACAAAGAAUUUUUCAAAAAAUAAAGCAGAUUUCAAUAAUUUCUUUUAUGAAGAAAAAUAUGCCAAUAGUAGUUAUGUGGAGAAGGGGAAACGCCCCGAUAGGCAUUUUCCUCAUGGGGGUCUAGGAAGUAAUAGGGGGGUUAACGAAAAUCGCCUAAGAAAAGGCACAUCAUCAGGAAAUUGCAGCAGUGGUAAUAAUAAUAAUAUCGGAGUGCACAAUCCUAUGGAAUCAUUCGGGAAGAACUAUUCAGGCUCAAGAAUGAAUGUGGCAAAUGGUGCAGAGGAAAAGUCCGCAAAACGGGUGGCGAGCAAUAACGAGAACUUAGUGCCAACUGCGGAUAAAUCACACGUGGGCAUGCUCGAUAGUAGAAGUAGGAGAAGAGGUGCAAACUCAGAAAAGCAGCCAUUUGUCUUUACGAACAAACGGGGAGCAACUGGAAGUUAUAAUGAUCCAAAUGACAGCAUUGUAGAGUGCGCUAACGACGAUGAUCGUGUCGCCGCUGAACAUUUGGGCGUGGGUGGAAGCAUGUGUGGUGACCUCUAUGGUGACGUUAUCGAUGGCGAAGGCAACAGCCACAAGGGUGAUUUCCCCAACGAAGGAACCCCCCUCAGCAAGAAAAGCAGCUUCCUGCGAAAGAGUAAAUCCCUGAACAGAAAUAAUAUUUACGAGAGCAAAGAGGACGACAAACGGCUGCUAUCCAUUACGAAUAGGGACACCCCAGAAGGUACGGAUUACACGAACGUGACGAAGAAAGCUUGUUCGAAUAACGAAUUAAAAUUUAAAGAAAAAAAAAAAGAUGAAGUGAACUGCACAAGUAGGGAAGCGAAUUACGAUUUUAAGAGCGCCUUGAAUGUCCAAUUCUCUAAGACAAAAAUGUGCCCAUAUAUGAACACCAAAGAAAAGUGCAAACGGUUUUUAAGUAAUAUGUGCCCCUAUGCACAUGACCAAAGUGAGUUAAAGCCAUUUCCAGAUUUGUACAAAACAGCCAUGUGUCGUAACUUCAUGAAAAAUUUAUGUAGCAAGUCGAAGGUUGAGUGUAAUUUCGCACAUAAUGUGGAAGAGCUCAGAUCGACGGAUGAGUUUUACAAAACGACAUUGUGUAAGUUUUUCCUCAACGGAUACUGCAAGGCGGACACCAACUGCAGGCACGCGCAUGGGCACAAGGAGCUGAAGUGUAAAGAGGCGAAGUGUAGAGAAGUGAAACGUAAGGAGGUGAACUGUGAAGGGAUGAACUGUAAAGAGAUGAACUGUGAAGGGAUGCAAUAUGAGGAGGUGAACUGUGAUGAGAUGCAGCAUAAGGAGGUGAACGGUGAUGAGAUGCAGAAUAGGCACCUCGGCAGUCUGUCCUGGGAGAACGACAGGGUAGGCACGGAGAAGGCGAAUAACAAUGGCGAGGAAGAGCAGCCACAGCACCCACAGUACCCGCACCAGCAGAGCGACAUGGAAGGGGGGGGAACUCUUCUAAACGGAGAAACAAUGAACCGGUUCAAGUCGUCGGAAAGCUGCUCCUUGAACGAGGGGAAGGAGGUAAGGAUCAUAAGAGAAGGGGAAGACGUUACGGAGGAGGAUCUGCUUGCCACGGAAGACAUUGAAGAGGACGAAGCAGUAAUGGACGUUAUCGCGGUGGAAGGAAAACGCAUAUCAAACACACGCGAUAGGAAAAAAAAUGAUAGCAAAAAGAAAAAAGAAAAAUUCUACAACGCAUCGCGAAAACUCAUGUCCAUUAGCACGAAGGACACGUACUGCUUUUUGUCCAAUGGGUUGUCCAGAAACAUGGAGUCGUCCGAAAAUUUCGAUGAUGAAAAUAGGAGUGUAAAGACGAAUGAAGAUUCGACUCUCGCCCAUAGCAAUGGGGACUCCAAGAUAAAGAGUUCAGAUAGCGCAAAUAGCUAUUUUAAGGGGGAUCCCCACCCUGAGUAUCCAUUCAAGUCUAACGAAACGAUCUACCGAAUGGAGGUAAAGGAUGAGGAAGUUAACCACCCCUUUGACGCAACUGGGAAGGAAGCCCAAAACGGAAGUGAUACCGAGCAGAGGCGCAACUCUGUGGAUCAUAAUGAGCAAGUGACCACAAUUGGACACUUUGGAGAAAGGCAUAACACGACUGAUGGAAAACAGGAAAGAGACAAUAGUAACAAAUUCACAUAUUCAAAUUCGCACAGAGGUAGUAACGUGGCACAGAAUGGAAGUUUAGCUUUGAAAAAAGAGGGCAGAAAAAUCUUUAACGACGAUAAUGCAUGUGCACAUAGAAAUAAAAUGAGCGUCAGUGGGGGCAAAGGUUCGAACGAAGCUACCAUUCAUCCCAAAAUGGAAAGGAACAAAAAUGGAAGGGGCUACAUGAACCCUAAUCUCUCCCCCAUCGGUAGUAAAGGUGGCACAAGAAAUUUUCAGGACAAAAUGGGGAACGGAAAAUUAAGUCGAAAUGUGCAAGUUGAUGCGAUCGAGGUGAACAAUGAAAUGUGCCCCCGAAAUGAGAUGCACUUUAGCAGAUUGUGUGAGAAUGGCGUGCAUGGUUAUAAUGGAGCCGCGGGAUACACUGGGAGUUGCGGCGGCAUGGAGAGCAGUGGGUGUGUGCAGGAGAGGGGAGAGAAUUGCACAUGGGAGGAUCACGCUCGGGAGAACCACGCCGGGGAGAACCACGCAGGUGAAUACAACAGGAGCGGUUACCGAAGCAGGGGAUUUCAUAACGCCGACAAGGGCAAUGGCAACUUCCACAGCGGGAGUAACAACAACUUUAACGGAGCCUUUGGUAACAGCGCCGAUAACUACAGCAACAGCGGGGGUAAACCUUAUGGAAAUGGCAAAAGGGCGAAUGGAGGCACGACGAGGUACGAUGGCCACACCGCCAGUAGAGACAGCAGCAAUAAUGGAGUGGCGAAUAGGGGCGCGGCGAAUGGGGGCGUGGCGAAUGGGGGCUUUGUGGAUAACACCAUGGCGAGUGGUGGUUUCGCGAAUAAUAGAAUGAUGAGCAACAACCUGGUGAACAAUAACCUGGUGAACAGCAACAUGGUGAACAGCAACAUGGUGAACAGCAACAUGGUGAACAGCAACAUGGUGAACAACAAUGUGGUGAACAACAAUAUGGUGAACAGCAACAUGAUGAGGAAAAACUUCAGGAAUAACAACGCAAGGAAUACCACUCGAAAUGUGAGAAACAGCGCAAGAAACAACUUGAGGAACUGCGGCAUGGCAAAUUACGGCGCGAACCCUAACAGCGCGAACCCUAACAGUGCAUACCCUAACGAUGUUGUGGAGAAUAAUAUGCGCACUAUGCAUUCCGAAAACGUCAACACCUACAACAGCAACUUCAGUUGCUACAGUGCCAGCGGGGGGGACGCAAAUGCUUACAUGAACGUGAAUAAUUUUUCCUACAAGAAUGUGACCCAGGGCAGCAACUGCAAUGUUGUUGGUAGAGCACCCAGCAAGAUUGACCAUACCAAUUAUGGUGGUAAUUAUGGCGGUAAUCAUGGCGGUAAUCAUGGCGGUAAUCAUGGCGGUAAUCAUGGCGGUAAUUAUGGCAGUCAUUAUGGCGGUCAUUACGGAAACGUUGGUAACGGUCCAGUCGGCGGCAACAACAACCCAUACAUUCCACAGGACUAUACUCCACCCAUCUGUAACAAUAUAAUGAAGCAGAAUAAAAAUUAUAGAGGUAAGAAAAAGAGUGCGCAAAAUAACAUGCCGCAAGAAAUGAGCAACAAUGGCAACUUUGAAAACAAUAGCGGGUAUGAUCGUAAUGGCAACAUAUAUGGUCGAGGUGGUGUGAAGCGGGACGGGAAUUAUAACCCUCAUGGCUUCAACCCCAAUGGUACGAUAGGCAGUAUGAAUAAUGACCACAUUGACGGGAACAGUUAUGGCGAUAUGUUCAUGAAUAAUGGUCCAAGGAACAACCACCAUGACGGUGUCAAUAACAUCUACGGCAGAGGCAAUGGGAAUAAUUAUUACCCCUACGGCCACGAUACCAACGGGACGCAUGUAAUGAACACCCCCCUUGAAAAUUGUGCAGAUAUACGCAACGGAGGCAUGGAACCGAGUGUGCACAGUGGCCACAUGUACAACACGGCGCGUGCGUAUGGGUUUACAGAUGGACAGAGCGGCGCGCAUGAUGGGAUGCAAAACGGGGCGCACCACGGAGUGUAUGGCGCAGUGCAAAACGGAUCACAUUACGGUGCACAUAAUGGAAUGCAAAACGACACACAUCGAGCCUUCAGACAAAUGGACAAAAAAACGCAUAGUGGCAAUAUCGACCAUAUGCAUGGAAGCAGAAAUAGGAAGUGCCUUAUGAGCAACAAUGCCGAUAACGAGACGUACAAGAGUGGUGACGAAAACUGUAGCCACACGGUGAACCGAGCGGACGAGGCGAACGGAGCGAACAUGGCGAGCGGGGCGAACUUGGGUCAACCCGUUGCAUGCUAUCCUGGUGUGCACGAUGAAGCCAGCAUGGAAGGUGGAAGAUUCUUAUGUAGGAAGUCGAGAGGUUGCCCCUCGAAUAGUUUAAAAAGUGGACACAUGGCAGAAGCAGCGGAAAUGAAAAGAAAUAAUUAUGAUGAAACCAACUUAGGUACAAAGAAAUCGGACCACAUCGGCAAGAGCGAAAAGGAAAAUAGGAAAGAGUUUCGCAGUGGUGAACAAGGCGUAAGCGAGAUGAAAGGUACUGCAUAUUGCACCAGCUUUAAUGCGAAAGAUAACAAGAACAAGCUAGAACAAAGAGCGCAGUUGCAAGAUAAUAAUCGUGGUAACAGCAAAGAGUGCAACACUCGCCGAAACCGAAAUGCAAGCAAAAAUGGAGGGAGCAAUGAUGGUGUAAUGAUGCAAGAUUUACAUGGCAGCACGAAUCGAAGCACGUUGCGGACAUUAGCUGCGUGCAUAAGUCCCAUGAACGGACCAGCGGACCAGCCUUCAUUAUGCGAAGAUGGCCAAAUGGAAAGUUCCACCUUAGAAAAAAUGAAACGAAAUAAUUAUGAUUCAAGGGGUGAAAAUUUCAAAGGUAGUAACUUAAAAAGUAAGAGUCCACGAAGAAGGGAAUCGCGAAAUAGGAGAGCACAACAUGGGGAACACCAAAGUAGGGGCGAGCACAGUGGAAAGGAACAAAACAGAGGGGAGAAAAAUCAGGAAGAGUUACACACAGAGUUACAAAUAGCUGACGAUCAAAGUAAAAGUGGUAUGCUUAACCAAGAUAACAAAAUUGAAAAAUUUCUAAUUGACGAAGAACCCCAAACGUGUGUGUCUUGCUAUCAGUACGUGACAGAUCCCACGCCGGGGGAAAUUACCCCAACAAAUCCUUGCUGUUUAAUAUGUGGGCAGGUAAUAAAAAAAUCGCUCUCUUUGAUGAUCAUAGAGUUAUUGCAGCCACAGGUGCAACACCUACUUUCGGAUGUCAACUUUUAUGUGCAAAAUUAUCACGACUGA